GACGCAGCCUUUGAGGACUCAGACAAGUUCCACACCCCCGCACGAUCUCUGCAGGGCCUGGCCUAUUCCUAAGCACACCGUGCCCGGGCUCCUCGUGCCACCCCGAGCAGCAGACGUGGACGGGACCGAGCGCGACCCACGCUUGGGGCUGGGGGCCAAGGGGUCGGGAUCUCCCACUCCAGCUGCCCGCAGUGCUAUGGGGCAGUGGGGUGAUGCCGCACGGGGCACACGGGAGGGGGUGGCGGGCUCAGAUCUUGGCUCUGCCACGUGAAUGAACCAAACCCUCUGAGUUCAGCCCCCGAAACGCCCCGUAGCCAUGGAGUGGGGAGACCUGUGGUGAGACUGCCCAUGGUGGGACACCCCACAGAGGGGUGCUCCGUGGUGGGAAGCUCCGCUGUGGGGCGGUUUGGGGCGGGAUGCUCCACAAUGGGGUGUUGUGUGGUGGGACACUGCACGCGGGACGCUCCACGGUGGGACGUUCCAUCGUGGGAUGCUCCAUGUUGGGAUGUUCCAUCAUGGGAUGUUCCAUCACGGGAUGCUCCUUUUGGGGUUGCUCCACGUUGGGAUGUUCCAUCAUGGGAUGUUCCAUCACGGGAUGCUCCUUUUGGGGUUGCUCCACGUUGGGAUGUUCCAUCAUGGGAUGUUCCACGUUGGGAUGCUCCUUGGUGGGAUGCUCCGUGGUGGGACACUCCAUCAUGGGAUGCUCCCUUUGGGGUUGCUUCACAUUGGGAUGCUCCAUCAUGGGAUGCUCCCUUUGGGGUUGCUUCACAUUGGGAUGCUCCAUCAUGGGAUGCUCCCUUUGGGGAUGCUCCACGUUGGGAUGUUCCAUCAUGGGAUGCUCCCUUUGGGGAUGCUUCACAUUGGGAUGUUCCAUCAUGGGAUGCUCCCUUUGGGGUUGCUUCACAUUGGGAUGCUCCAUCAUGGGACGUUCCACGUUGGGAUGCACCAUGGUGGGAUGUUCCAUGUUGGGACGUUCCAUCGUGGGAUGCUCCACGGUGGGACACUCCAUCAUGGGAUGUUCCCUUUGGGGAUGCUCCACGUUGAGAUGCUCCAUGUUGGGAUGCUGCAUGUUGGGAGGCUCCAUCAUGCUCCACGGUGGGCCGUCCCAUGGCACAGCUCUCCAUGGCGGGACGCCCCAUCUGGCCCUGCCCCCCCAGCUCACCGCCCUCACUCACUCCAGAUGUGCAUUUCCAGAUGUGCAGCCGCCCACCACAGCUCCCAGGGCCGGGUCCAUGCAGGGCCGUGUCAGGACGCCCAGCUGGGGGUGCACCCCACCCCCAGGCAGAGCCCCCCAACGGGGCACGCAGCACUUUGCCCCCCUCCAUCAGCCCCACCAGCAGCCGGAGCCCCCCGGACACAGCUGCAGCUCUUCUAGCGUCAUUAUUGCUACAAUUACUAUUAAUAAUAAUAAUAUUUUUAGUGACAGGUGAGGGCGGGGGGCUCCGUUGGGCCCUAUGGGAGCC